UGAGCGCGGGCGAGUGUGAGCGCGAGUGUGCGCACGCCGCGGGAGCCACUCUGCCCUCUCCUCGCACCCUGCACAGGGCAUCUCGAGAGCCUGGAAACGUGAACAGGCUUAAAGUAUGGCAUGUUGCGAAGAUGGUUUCUGUCCAGAAGGUACCCGCGAUCGCGCUGUGCUCCGGGGUCAGCCUUGCCCUCCUGCACUUCCUGUGCCUGGCGGCUUGUUUAAACGAAUCCCCAGGACAGAACUCAAAGGACGAGAAAAUGUGCCCGGAAAAUUUUACCCGUAUCCUGGACAGUUUGCUGGAUGGUUAUGACAACAGGCUGCGUCCUGGAUUUGGGGGUCCUGUUACAGAAGUGAAAACUGACAUAUAUGUCACCAGCUUUGGACCCGUUUCUGAUGUUGAAAUGGAAUAUACAAUGGAUGUGUUCUUCAGACAGACGUGGAUUGACAAAAGACUAAAAUAUGAUGGUCCCAUUGAAAUUUUGAGGUUGAACAAUAUGAUGGUCACCAAAGUUUGGACCCCUGAUACUUUCUUCAGGAAUGGAAAAAAAUCUGUCUCGCACAACAUGACAGCUCCAAAUAAGCUUUUUAGAAUUAUGAGAAAUGGCACUAUUUUAUACACAAUGAGACUCACCAUAAGUGCGGAGUGUCCCAUGAGACUGGUGGAUUUCCCUAUGGAUGGUCAUGCCUGCCCUUUGAAAUUUGGGAGUUAUGCGUAUCCUAAGAGUGAGAUGAUCUAUACCUGGACCAAAGGCCCUGAGAAAUCAGUGGAGGUGCCAAAGGAGUCUUCUAGCUUAGUUCAGUAUGACCUAAUUGGGCAGACUGUAUCAAGUGAAACUAUCAAAUCUAUUACAGGUGAAUACAUUGUUAUGACAGUUUACUUCCACCUCAGACGGAAGAUGGGCUAUUUUAUGAUUCAGACGUAUAUCCCAUGUAUUAUGACAGUGAUCCUUUCUCAAGUUUCUUUCUGGAUAAAUAAGGAGUCUGUUCCAGCUAGAACUGUGUUUGGGAUAACCACAGUCCUCACGAUGACCACUCUAAGCAUCAGUGCCCGACAUUCGUUGCCCAAAGUAUCCUAUGCGACUGCCAUGGAUUGGUUCAUAGCUGUCUGCUUUGCUUUUGUGUUUUCGGCUCUUAUUGAGUUUGCUGCCGUCAACUAUUUCACCAACAUCCAAAUGCAGAAAGCCAAAAAGAAAACAUCGAAGCCUCCUCCAGAAAUUCCACCUGCCCCAGUGCUGAGAGAAAAUCACCCAGAAACGUCUCUGCAGAAUAUACAUGGCAAUUUGAACAUGAGGAAAAGAACGAAUGCCUUGGUCCACUCAGAAACUGAUAGCAACAGCAGAACUGAGGUGGGAAACCAUUCCAGCAAGACCACCACGGUCCACGAGUCUUCUGAAGCCACCCCUAAGGAGUACUUAGCUUCCAGUCCAAACCCAUUCAGCAGAGCAAAUGCGGCUGAGACGAUUUCUGCAGCCAAAGGUCUUUCCUCUGCGUCCUCCCCCAGCCCUUGUAGCACAUCAAGACCGGCUUCCUUGGGGUCAACUUCUACUCGCCCUGCGUUUGGGUCCAGACUUGGGCGAAUUAAGACCACAGUUAACACAACAGGGGCCCCUGGAACUGGGUCGGCCACACCUCCUCCCCCUGCUCCACCACCUUCCGGAUCUGGCACAAGUAAAAUAGACAAAUAUGCUCGUAUUCUUUUCCCAGUGACAUUUGGGGCAUUUAACAUGGUCUACUGGGUUGUUUAUUUAUCUAAGGACACCAUGGAGAAAUCAGAAAGUCUAAUGUAAUUUUGUUGCUAUAGUAAUUUCAUAAAAGAUGAUGGAAAUCCAGACUGUCUUUUUAAAUGUUUUUAAAGAUAAGUAUUCUUUACUAAAAUAAAAAUUCUAUGUCAUUUUUUUGAAAAUAAAAAUAUAAAUCAGGUAGAUAUCAAGAGAGUUAAUUCCUCAGUGGACAGAAAGUAAACCAUGUUUCUUACAGAAAGAUGAAUUUAAAAGAAUCUAUUCAGUGUUCAAAUUGGAUGGAAUACAGACUAUUAUGGAAAGUUGGAACAAGAGAAAUAGGGCCAGAAGAGAUAUGUGAUGCAUAUUUUUGCAUUGAAAUUUGAAAGAAAAAAAAAAAGACUGUGAUAUUUUUAAAUACACCCCAUGAAAUCAACCGGUCACAGAAAAUUUCCCAUUGGCACUGCCCUUCACCAGAAGUGUGUCCUGGAAGUCCUUUGCAAGAAAAGCGUUUCUCUCCUAAACAGAACACCGGGAAGAGGAAAAUAGAACCAAACAAACACUGACCAAUACAGUGAAGCCUCGGCGUCAUCAAUAAUAGACACCGACUAGGGCAAAUGCGUUUUCUGGCACAUAUUGGUCCAAAACAAAAAAGAAAUUACUUAACAGUUGACUUGAAAUGUUGUGCUCUGAGCCAAAGUUAAAUUCAUUGUAUAAAUUCUUUUUCAUAGUAUCUCAUUCAGUUAUGUACUGUAUACAUUUACUACAUAGUUCCUCAGAGCCUGGAGCGUGUGUGUUCUAGGCGGCUUAGAGACAGUUUUCUAGGGAGGUUCUUUCACCUUUACAGAGUUACUUCAGUAGUAGCACAGUCAGCGCAUGUUAAAGAACCGUAAUUUAACCUAGCACCUUGUGUUCUUUAAUGAAGGCAAUUUAGUUAGACUCUGACAACAUAGCCAAUAGAUUUGUUUCUCCUGCACUGACAGAGGAAAUCAAAUACAUUUGUUCCUAUAGCCACUUUGAGAUAAGUACAUGUUAGUCCAAUCUUGAUGAUUGGGUCUCAAAGUAUAAUGAAAUCAUGAUAGAGAUUGUUCUAUAGGUGAAAAAGCAUACAUCGUAUACAUGAAACAUAAAAAUCAUCUAGGCACUGGAAAACCUAACCGAUUACCUGUGUCAAAUUUGGUUCAGGUUACAUAACACAGUUUUCCCACCAGACCAGAAUCAUCCAAAUCAAAAGUCCGCACAGGCUGUUUGUAUGCUUAUCCCAGUAGAAAGCAAUAUUUGCUGCCAAAAUGCUAACGUUCUUGCAAGCUUUUGUGCUCAUAAUGUCUGUAUGUCUGGCAUGUUUUGUAUUUGUUUUCUGGCAGUUUGAUAAGGUUUUAUAACCGAGGAACUUUAAAAAUUAAAGGAGCAGUUAGAGAAAAAAAGAAAAGUAUUCUAGCCUUGGAUGGGGUGUCAGUGACUGGGAGAUGGUGUAUCUGGUUUUUCAAGGACUGACUCUGCCUUUUCAUUCUGUAGGCUCAACAGCCUAAUUGAAUCUCUUGCAGCUUCCCACAAAGCUCAGUCCUGAUUGGUCAUCGUGAUGUUUCACUUCCUGAUUUUUCCCCCUGUAUUUCUACUUGUUCUUGGUAUGUGUGAAUGCAUAUGUUCUAGGUUGAGGGGGGCAAUAUUUGAUCGAAAUGAACAUCUUAUAGGCAGAACUUCUUAUUUUCUGGGGAAAAUUAUACUGAUUAAUAUGAACUUUUGAGUUAUUACCUUGCUUUGUAAUGGCUGCCCAUGAAACUUAUAAAAUUUGAAAGCGUCAAAUUUUAAUUGAUCUCCAUCUGAGAAUUCCUUCUUUUUUAUUUCUAACUAUUUUAUAAAAUUAAAACACUUUAAGGUUAUGAAUGUGGAAGAAGUCCUCACUUAUAAAUUGAUUCCAGCAAAAUAAGGCCCAGGAACAUCUGUAAAUAUGUUUAUACAUUUAAUAAAGAGUAAUUGUACAUAAAAGCUUAUACUAAAAUUAUUUCAUGAGUGUGAAAUACUUUUGGCUCUUAGGCCAGUGCUUAGACCUAUGAUGGGGGGGGGGGAAGCAUCAUCACUUUUUAUACCUAAUGCGAAGAUUUAUUGCUUUGGAGAUAAACACUCUUUCUAUUGUUUCUUUUGUUUUUUUUUUGUUUGUUUGUUUUGUUUUCCCUAUCGUCCUUUUUAAAAAAGUAUAUUUGCUCCUUCUAAACUUUAAAUGCUUUAUUAGCCUUUUAAAAAUAUACUUUUUAAAAAAUGUUAUAGAUUUUAAAUGGAUUGAAAAAUAACUGAC